UUGCCACAUUGACGCAACACUACAGGUUUGAAGAGAAAAAAAAACUUGAGGGCGUUUUUUCCGGUACUUUGAACUUUCCCAGUUAAAUAAAGAGGCGGGGUUUAACAAAAUUUGCUACUCAAACUAGAAGCGGAAAAAAAACCCUCCGCUGGGAGUCUACUUUUCCUUCAGGUAGAAUUUGGCGCUGUUUUGCCCCCCGCGGUGGACUCCCCGACCCGGGCAGGAAGGCAAGGAGACAUUUGUGGAGUUUUCGGCGCGCCGAUGGCAGUUCUUGCUCGUCGCUGCGGGUGGGUGAGCUUGCAACCAGAACCUGGAAUGGAGACGAUAGGUGGCAUUGAUGGAACAGAAGCUGAUCAUGUGCCGGCAACUCUUGUUUUACACCGGGCGAAGAUGCCAGCCAGUAUCAUCAUCUCUACAGUCCUGUUCGUAGCUGAAGCUGUAGCUGCUGGUGUACUUUGUGCCUUAUACAGCCGCUGGGGUGAUUCAUAUUGGUUGGGGCUAACAAUCACCUUCAUGUUGGUGCCAUCUGUGCUGGUUCAAUUUGCAUUCAUCUUAAUCCAUCGGGAACUGGGGACAAGGAGGCCAUUUGUACUACUGCUUCAUCUACUGCAGAUGGGACAUAUCAUCAGGUGUCUAGAAGCCAUUGUUGUACUUUGCAAAUCUGGAAAACAUGAAGAGCCAUAUGUAAGCAUUACAAAGAAAAAAAGACUCCACCAUGGCCAGUCAAAUGAAUUUGAAAAAGAAGUGGAUCACUCAACAAGGAAGUUGCAUAUCCAUCGCAAUGCCUUUCAUCGGACAUCUGUCAUUCAAGCCUUCAUGGGUUCCACACCCCAGCUUAUCCUUCAGCUGUAUAUUAGCGUGAUGCAGAAAUACAUUCCACCUGCACGAGCUGCUCUGAUGGUGUUGUCAUUGAUGUCAAUCACUUAUGGAGCCCUGGUGUGUAACAUCCUCGCCAUUCAGAUCAAGUAUGAUGACUACAAGAUCCAGCUCAGACCAAUUGCUUAUAUUUGCAUCAUCCUCUGGCGCACCUUGGAAAUUGCUACAAGAAUCACAGUGUUGGUGCUUUUCAGCACUGCUUUGAAGGAGUGGGUCUUUGCAGUGCUCUCUUUUGAUUUCCUAGUCCUCUUCUUUCUUCCUUGGGUGGAAUUCUGGUGUGGCCACUCACCCUUCCCUGAAAACAUUGAAAAGAACUACAAACGGUUUGGCACAACUGUAACACUGUUACUUGUUUCCAUGCUCUAUGCCGGAAUUAAUGUGUUCUGUUGGUCAGCGGUCCAACUAUUGCUCAGCAGUCGUGACUUAAUCAGCAAGAAACAGAACUGGGUCAGGCUAUCUAUCUAUUAUACUCUGCGGUUUAUGGAAAAUGCGGUGCUCCUAGUUUUAUGGUAUUUUUACAAGACCGAAGUGUAUGAGUACUUCUGCUCCCCGUUGCUAGUGGUCCAACUAAUCAUUUCCUACAGCCUGGCCAUCAUCUUCAUGCUCCUUUUUUAUCAGUAUUGUCAUCCAUGCAGGCAGCUUUUCACCCAUAAUAUUGCAGAUUGUCUUGUAUGCACCUGUUGGAGGGGACCUCAUUUUGAGCCUGCACUUCCGAAUCCAUAAUUCAGUUUUUCAUUGUACCUACAGGUAGGUGUGGUAAAUAUGCAAUUUUGUUUCUUCUUUCAUUAUUGCCUCUCCUUGGUAAAGAUGAAAAUAUGUGAAUUGCAAACAAGCUGGUGAAUUUCACAAUGCUUAGUGACGGGUCAGUUUAAUGCUUGAGAAGUGCAUGCUACUGUACAAACCGUAAUUGUGCUCUAAUGUUGCUUUUCAAUGUGCACAAUUAAGCAAAGAAGAAAAAGACUGUUUCCAAGUCACCUUUUCCAAGAAGACCAAGAGUUAUUUUGGGAGCCAUUCUCUCAAUCAGGUCGAAGAAUGUCCAGGUCUACAAACAAAUCCUUUUAUAUAUUUUUAAAAAAAGACACACAACUUCAUAUAUUUGGGGAUAUCUGGGCUGAAUUGUAUGGAUCAUGUGUGUUGAAUUAAACAUUGUGAUUAAGUUUAAAGCAUAAGGCGGUGAGCUUUUCCUCUGAGCCCAUUUGUACAAGGCAGUCUAUACACCAGCUUUGGAGUGCCAUUGACUGAAUUUUUUCCCAAUAGUAAAACUUCUUUUGAAAAUAUGUUUGAAAGUAAAUUAUUUUUGAUUGUAAAAGCAGUUUAUAUUUUUAUUUAUUUAUUCUGUCUUUUUUGUUGCCGGUUUUUAUCUUCCAUUCUUUAAAAUACCCUCAUGCUGUAUUACAAUUGAAUGAGCACCUUUGGUCUGCAGGUACCUUAUCCAAUGACCUGGCUUUAUGUGAGCAUUGUUGGUGGAGUUGACCCACCAGGGUUCAAUCAUACUGUGGUCCAUUAUCUCCCAUUUUCUGGUAGGACUCUAAGGAUUAAUCCUAAAUAAAAUAUAGUAGACUAAAUAAAAUAUAGUCUAAUCAGUUAACCCAGGGUUGUUGAGGCCAAAUGAAUUUUAUUACAGAUCAUGAAUGUCUACCUCCUAACCUACAGAAAAUUUUCCAGAUCAUAAAAAUGCUUCCAUCUCAUUUGUGUUAACAUGGAUAUUAAAUUUGGAAAUGAAUCCAACACAUGUAUUCUCACUGGCUUUUGCACAAGCAUUUGCUCAAAAUUAUUCAGUGUGGAUAUCAUCUUAUUUAUUAAAAAUUCA